CACGGCCAUCUCACAACAUUCCACGCGACUAUAUAUAAGCAUAUCGAAUCCUCAAGCAUUGUACCUGAAUCCAUGCAAAAACACGAUCGUGAUUGACCAUAUAUUCGCCGCUCGACCGACCGAGGCCAGUUAUUCACCGCGAUUCCCCGACCUGCGGACCCUUUCCACAUCAUUCCACGAUGCUCUGCAGCGCUGCAUGCAUUUGACGGUGAAAUUGAUGUGUGCACGAGGCUCGCCGUGGUGCCCAAUAUGACUCCGUCCACAACUCCAUCGACACUGUCCCAUACCUUGCCCGCUAAGCCAUUUGAGAGCAAGUUGAGUGAACAGCUCUCACAGAGCCAGAGUGGUGAGGCUGGGACGGGCAACACUACGGAUAACACCAGGACCAACACCAAUAAUCAACUUGGCGGAUCUCUUUUGGACUCGCCCAGAUUACACUCAUUGCCAGAUGCGCCCAAACCGGUUUCAAUUUCUCAACGACAGUCGAUUUCGGAUGAAGCGAGCACUGUCCAUUCAGCUUCCAGCAAAGAUGACAGUUCACUUUCAUCCACUCCAGCCACACCACAGCGCCCACCUUUGAAUCCACAAAAUCUAGCGUUGAACCUUCCUCCCAGACCCUCCGGUUCUCCCGCUACGGCCCAACGUGCGCCGCUCUCGCCAAAGCUCGAUUCCUCGCAAAUCUACAGUUCGAGAUACGGACCGCCCGGCUCGGUUCUUCCUCGACGAUCACGGGGUCUUGAUUUUUCGCGUGCCUGUACGAAUUUACACCAUUCCACCCUCGCAGAAUCUUCGCCGGAGUCGUCGCCCACCAUCGGAGCUCGGGGAGUGGCGAUUCCACAACGCCGUGGUUCCCCUAGCGCAGCAUCUGCAGCGCCGUUUUCGACGUCUGGGCCAGUCGAUCGGACAGGGGUUUCCAGCUCGGUAUCCAGUGUGAAUAUGAUAGAUUCAGAUACAAGUACCAGUGAAGAGGAGGAGGAUGAGCCGAUGGGAGGGGAUAAGGAUGAUAUCAUGCUCAGCACACCACAGGCGAACAAGAUGGGAACCGGACCGAGCCCUUUUGCGGUUGGAAACGUACCGAGCCCAGGAAACGACUGGAUGGGUGGUUAUUCACACGCUGCGGCGAGCCUCCUGAGUUUCCAACGUGCUCGUUUCCGCAAGGGACGCAGUAGGACUCGACACAGUUCUAGCAGUGCAAGCGGAAGUUCCAAGCAGAGCCCUGGACCGCUUUCCCCGCCUGUGAUGAAGAGCAUUGAGAAUCCCAAUGGAGGUUAUUUUGGGGGAUCGAGACAUGGAGUGCAACCUCGACGUGAGAGUUUGAGCAUGGGUACUCGGGAUCUGCGUCUGUCUGAUCUCAGUGAUGAUGGGGAGCGUGCUCGAAGUCGCAGUCCUGCCCGUGGUGAGGGAGGGCCGCUUGGGGUCAUUCGACGUGCUGUCACGCGACGGGGUAGUUUACUGCCGAAAACGAAAACGUUUGCUCGAAUUCGGGCCGCUCUCAUUGAAGAGUCUUCUCCUCUUGAUUGCGAGUCAAAACGUGAAUCGGAGGUAAUACGGCAGGUUCGCGAGAGUGACCCGGCACCACAAAAGUCACCGGACCUGUUGCAGCCAACCGAAUCAGACAGGGCAGUGUCCGGCGCAGAUGACACGCCUUCGAAAACUGCCACUCGGCUCGGGAACGCGUUUAGCGAAGAAUCCACUCGAGGAUAUUGGAACUCGUUUGAUGACCGCUAUCGCACGCCUCCACCACCGAUACGCCCAGGCCCUCCAUCUGUUUCCGAAGAUGACUUGGCAAUGGACAUGACGCCAUCUACGUCGACCUUUGAAUUUGCCAAGCCUUUUGAGCGGCCAAGUUCACGAGGUUCGCUGCGUAAUGCAGCACAGCCUACUGCCAUGCAAGAAUUCAAACGAAAGCGCGGUCGCGAAGACGAUUUCGAUCCUAAUCUUUUCAAACGGCGGGCCGUUUCGCCCAGCAUGAGUGCCCAGAGCAGUCCGGUUAUGCCCAACUCGCCAGCGAUGAGGGAUACGGGUUCUAACAUUUGGGGUCCGCCGCCCAAGUCUAAUCUCGGUUCACUCUUCCCGGACAGUAACCCUCGCAAUAGCAGUAGUCCACAUACAGGGACGUUGAAGCGAGUUGGGUUGCAGGGUAUGACCGAGGCCAAUGAUUCGCUUAUGAACAUGAGCAUUGAAUAGUCUGCUUUUAUUUGUUAUUUGCUUGCUUUCUGCUGCUUUCUGCAUCUUUAUCGUCUCUUAGCGUGGUGUUAUCGUUGGCGUUGGUUUGGGAAUUUGGCGCUUGGCAAUGGAAUCUGGUGUUUAUAUACUAGCAUAGUUUAAUCAAUAUAUACUAUACCUCUGCAG